GUCUAUAAUUUACUAAGCCUUUUCUGUUUUAUUUCUUUGCAGUUAUCAAGGAACGCUACCCUUGCAUUAUGCCAAGAGGAAAAUGAAAAGAUUGAUAUGAAAGAUUUCGAGUUUGCAACUGGAAUAACACUGACAGAAGAUCCUACCCGUGUUCAUGGCAACUUUGUUCAAAUUAUUGCAGCACACAAGUUUCUUGAUGAGAUGUUUCCAUCAGCAACAUCUCAAGUUGUGGUUUCAAAGCAAACCCCCACUCAUAAAAACACAAAAGAUUUGGACAAAAUGGAAGAGAUGAGUGGCAUUCAGUUCAGGGCAGCCAUGCAUUUGAUUGGAGCAUCUGAAGUAGAAAAAGCAGUUUCAGAGAAACAUGGUAGUGCAGAACAAAUUUCUGUGUUAUUUCAUGACAACACUGGCGCAAAUCAGUUAAAACAGCGAAUACUUGGUUUUAAUACUGAAACUGUUGAAAUACAUGGGAAAAUUGAUACAAACAAGGACAUGGUGGUUAAUAAUCCACUUGAACACUCAUCUACACCCGAGCAAAGGAUAGAUCAACCAGAUAAUCAGGUAUUCAAAGUCGGUUCUGUCAGCGCCCUUGUUUACUCAGCAGACAUAACAACACUGAAGGUUGAUGCAAUUGUCAAUGCUGCAAACGGCAAUCUGAGUCAUGGAAGUGGAGUUGCCAGAGCUAUACGUGAUGCUGCUGGGGAUGCUUUAGAUGAUGAAGGAAGACGGUAUGUUCACAACAAUGGCCCCAUCCCUGUAUCUGGUGUGGUAAGAACAACAGCAGGCAGAAUGCCAUGUAGGAUGGUACUUCAUGCAGUGGGACCAGCCUGGUAUGACUAUAAGGAUUAUGACAAGAGGAGGUGUGAAGAUGACCUGUGCAAGACCAUCCUGCGAUGCCUUAUUGAAGCUACUAAUGCAGGAGCUGCCAUAGUGGCAAUACCAGCAAUAAGUUCAGGUAUAUUUCGUGUACCAAAGCAAAAGUGUUGUGAUGCCUAUGUAAGAGCAACAAAACUAUUUGGUAUGUGGACGGGCAGCAAGAAAUGUUUGAUAGAAGUUCACUAUGUUGAUAAGAGUGAAAGCAUGCUUCAAAUGAUAGCCACAACAUUCUCACAAUCCAAGCAUUCAAUGAUCACACCAAAACCUGAUGAGGAAAGAUUUAUGAAAGAAUACAUGCAACAAGGAGUUCGUCAGCGUAGUAGAAGCAGAGGCAGACAAACUUCAUCUAGCCCACAAGGAGGUCAAACGACUCAUGAAUCACAUGCUGUUUCUGCUGUCGAAGCAUCCUACACAUACAGUGUUGAUGGAAAAGGAGUGGUGAAGUUGUACACAGGAGAUAUAGUGAAAACCAGUGCUGAUGCUCUUGUCACCUGGGAAAACACUGCCAUCCAGCCAAUUACCGGUGCCUCCAAAGCUGUCAGAGAAGCAACAGGACACAUAAAAUUACAGGGCAUGCAGAAAGAUUUGUUGAGUGUUAGUAGUACUCAUGCAGGAAAUAUGAGAGAUAAAAAACAUAUCAUUCAUGCCAUUGUGCCUGUUUCCUCCUUCUCACUGCAUGAUCUAAAAACACUUCUGAAAAGAAUAUUGCAAACGUCAUGUGGAACUGAUGCUUCAGCUGCACUUACUCCAUUGACUUUCAACCAAGUUAACCUUGAAGAUUUUGCCAAAGCCUUCUGUAACAUUACAAGAGAAGUUAUGAAGGAAAGCAGAGUACCUGAAAUCCAUCUGAUCGAGAAAAUCCAAAGGUUAUAGCCAAACUCAAGGGAGUGUUUGAUUCCCAUCUGACCCUGGAAUCAGGAGAGGAUACCAUGGACAUAGAUGUGGCUGGAGCUACAGGAGGGAGAAGGAGUGUUCAAUCUGCAAGGACUCCUGCAAGGAUCCCAAAACCCUGAAGUGUGGGCACAGGUUCUGCAGUGAAUGUAUCGAUCACUACUUCAACAAUUACAAGCCUGUGUGUCCAAAUUGUGGUGCCAUUUAUGGACCAGUGUCAGGGAACAUGCCAGAAGGCAAAAUGUCUGUGUAUGUGAAUGCUUUCAGUCAUCUCCCAGGACAUCCAUCAUGAUGGAACCAUUACUAUCACAUACAACAUACCAGGUGGAAUUCAAAAGUAAGAAGAACACCCAAACCCAGGCAAACCAUACAGAGGGGCUUAUUGGACUGCCUAUCUUCCAGAUUCAUGGGAAGGGAAAAAAGUUCUUCGCCUGUUGAAAGUGGCAUUUGACAGACGAUUGACAUUUACUGUUGGCAGAUCUGUCACAACUGGUGCUGAGAAUAAAGUUACAUGGAAUGAUAUCCACCACAAAACUUCAUAUUCUGGAAAUUUUGGCUACCCUGACCCUGGUUACUUGAAGAGAGUCCAGGAGGAGCUUGCUGCUAAAGGGGUGACUGAAGCAGACAUUGACUGGAGCACACCAGUGUGAGGGUUCUAUAUACCCUUCACAAUGAUAUUUCUGAUACCUUUCAGCAUGUUUCCACUAUGGGAAGUCAGUUUAAGUGCUAUGAUGUUGCAAGAGUGUUGCCAAAAGCAGUAUAUAUAAUGUCUUUGUUAUUCACUCAUUCAUUUAUAUGUUUUAGGGCAAUUACUACUUUUGACCUUAUUCAUUCAUCAAUAUUAUCUCUUGUACUACCUUUCAGUUUCAUUACUUUAUACUAUUGAUAUUAUUGCAUAAAAACCUGUACAGAUGAGAACGACAAACAAAAUUGAUAUGUAGCUGUGCAUAAUGACAAAAGACUGCAGAUCAAUGAACAUGUAUUUAUUUGUCUCAGUGCUAGACUGACAUCAACAUAGGUGGACGGAUAUCCCAGAUAACAUUUUUUGUAAAGUAUGCAGACAGAUAUCCGACAUUGUGGUAUCUGAUAGCUUGUGUAAAACAGACAGACAGAUAUUCUACAGUAUGUUAUUUGCAUGCAUGUGCAAAGUAGGCAAACAGAUAUCCUACAGUAUGUUAUUUGAUAGGAUGUGUUAAGUAUGCAGACAGAUAUCCCACAGUAUGUAAUCUAAAAGCAUGUGCAAAAUAGGCAGACAGAUAUCCCACAGUAUGUUAUCAGAUAUCAUGUGCAAAAUAGGCAGACAUAUAUCCCACAGUAUUUUAUCUGAUAGCAUGUGUAAAAUAGGCAGACAUAUAUCCUACAGUAUGUUAUCUGAUAGCAUGUGUUUAAUUGGCAGACAUAUAUCCCACAGUAUGUUAUCUGA